GCUGGCUGCACAAAGAGAUGAGGAACAGCAGCAGAGCGUCUCUGAAGCUGAAGAAGCGCUGGUUCCUGCUCACACACAACUCCCUGGACUACUACAAGAGCUCGGAGCGCAACGCCCUGAAACUGGGAACGCUGGUUCUGAACAGCCUGUGCUCCGUGGUGCCGCCCGACGACAAGCUCUUCAAAGAGACCGGCUACUGGAGUGUGAUCGUGUACGGCCGUAAACACUCGUACCGUCUGUACUCCAAGCUUCUGAACGAGGCCACGCGUUGGGCCAACUCCAUCCAGAACGUCAUCGACACCAAAGCCCCGAUCGACACGCCCACGCAGCAGCUCAUCCUGGACAUCAAGGAGAACUGUCUGAACUCUGAGGUGGUGGAGCAGAUCUACAAGAGGAACCCCAUCCUGCGCUUCAGCCUCCACCCUCUGCACACGCCCCUGCUGCCGCUGCCCUACGGAGACAUUCACCACUCAG